UUAUGAGCAAGAUAAUAAGAUCACUUCAAUAGUUCCUCAAUUCAAUGAUCCAAUGAAUGAUAAAAUAGGAAUUGGACCAAGUCGUAUAAACAACCAACCAGGAUCUGGUCGUCUUAUAAUUCGCUCUCAAAACAUAACGGCAUUCUCAUCAUCACAAAUUAUACACUCUAACAAUCAUAAUGUAAGUCAACAACAAGCAUCGACACAACAGAUAGAACAAAUUAAUUCAACAUCUCUAGUUGAGAGUAAAGAAUUUCCCUUUACACCACCCAUAAAUGAAAGGAAGGAAGUGCUAAGAAUGUAUUUUGCCGGAUUAAUCGCGGCACUACGAAAUUGCUAA